UUUCUUCCACUUAAUUUUCACUUAAAAAACACCCGCAAAAAAAAAAAGCACUUCUACGAUUUACUAUUACAAUUACUCCAUCUCCUUUCCUUUCUAUUUUUGGGUAUUCUUUUCUAAAUUAGGGGCAAUGGAAGUGGAGCAAGUGGUGACGGCGGCGGGUAAAAAGGCGAUCUUCCAAUUAGAGAGGAUGAAUUCAGAUCGGGAUCGGGUUCGGGUCAAGAGGAAAACCCUAGAAGCUGUGCUCGGAGAGUGCCAUAGAGCUCUCCAAUUGCUCAGCACUGCCGGUUGUAUCGACGAAGAAGACGGCGAUGAUGUCGACCACGAUGAACCAGCUAGUCACCAUUAUGAAGUCGAUGACGACGGGCCCUCCGGCGGAAGCUCUUCGCCCUCUCCUAGCCGGGAUAAAGAGACCUCCGAGUGGUGCGAUCUUAUCAAAUCAAGAGUUGAAUGUACUGAUUUCCUUGAAAAGCUUGAGAAUGCCCAGGCAUCAGUUCCACAAAACAUAGCUGAAGAAGGCACUUCAUGGGACAUGGUCGAUGAGAAUGAUCUGUGGGAAGGUGGAAAUUCCGAGUUAGAUCAAGAAGACUAUGUUUUGGUUAGGCAAGAGGAUAUUGUGGAUGGUAUAGCAUGUUUCAUGGCUGCAUAUUUGCUGUCUCUUAAACAGACAAAGGAGUUGACUCCAAACCAACUUCAGGAUGCCCUUUGCAAGACAUUUUCUGUAAAAAAGAAAAAAGGAAAACUUCGGAAGGCUUGGGAUGGGAGCAAAGUUAUCUACAAUGUGGCAUCCUGGGGAGCUACAGCCAUUGGCAUAUACCAAAACCCUGCGAUUCUGCAGGCUGCCUCAGCAGCAUUCUGGACUUCCUGCCGUGUAAUAUCAAAGCUCUUCUGAGCAGUAUGGCACACUUUGGGGGAAUCAAUCGUGUGCUUCUGCUGCCAAAAGUGCUUCCCUAUUCUUUAGGAAUGUGUAACAUAAAUGCCAUUCAUUGUGUGUUUGUUGCAAUUGAUAGCUCCAAUGUUGUUUAACCCUGUAAAUAUUCUUUCAAUGAAUACUUGUCUUCUUCCACGGGUCGAACCAA